UUGAAGAUGACCCACUCUGGAGGCUUGGGGGGCAGUUAAUAUCCUUUUGGUAUUCUACAAGUGCUUCCUAAGGAGCAGUAUCUGGCAAGCAGAAUUGCAUAAUGUCUGUCUAGCUAGGUGAUGAAUGAGACAAUCAGAGGCUGUGUGUGAGGGGAAAAUAUGUGGUGAUUAUCUUUUCAAGAGAGCCAGGGAGAAGAGGAGUGACACUGCAGAAUCCUGAGGCACUGCAGUGGAGAGGUGCUUUGCAAAGACUGUCCUGUGGCACUGAACUAUGCUGCAUUCAGCCAGCUUCCACAGUGAUAUAAAGCCCCAAUAUGCACAUUGUUGUUACAUCACAGCUUCUCUGGAUACUGUACUGGAGCAUGGAACCAGACCAUAGGGGUUCAGGUGAUGUAUCACCCAUCAGCAUGUCUCCCAUCACUCAGUCACAGUUUAUUCCACUUGGGGAAAUCCUUUGCCUGGCCAUCUCAGCAAUGAACUCUGCCCGAAAACAAGUCACACAAGAAGCACUAAUGGAGCACCUAACCACCUGCUUCCCAGGAGUUCCAACACCCAGUCCAGAAAUCCUUCGACAUACUUUGAAUAUGCUUGUACGGGAGAGGAAAAUAUACCCAACUCCGGAUGGUUAUUUCAUUGUAACCCCACAGACUUACUUUAUAACACCAUCUCUCAUAAGAACUAACAGUAAAUGGUACCAUUUGGAUGAGAGGAUACCUGACAGGUCUCAAUGUACCUCUCCACAACAAGGAACUAUAACUCCCUCCACCUCGGGAUGUGUCAGGGACCGAACACUACCCAAAAACCACUGCGACUCCUGCCACUGUUGCAGAGAAGACAUGCACAGCAUGCAUGCAUCUACCCUACAGAGGAAAUCAGCAAAAGACUGUAAAGACUCAUACUGUCCUCCUUCAUUAUGUCAGGUCCCACCUACUGAGAAAAGUAAAAGUACUGUCAAUUUUUCAUAUAAAUCAGAGACGCUCACAAAGCCUAAGGAUGUAGAAAAGCAGUCUAAGAAAUUUGGACUCAAAUUAUUCCGAUUAAGUUUUAAGAAGGAUAAGACCAAACAGCUGGCAAAUUUCUCUGCCCAGUUUCCUCCAGAAGAGUGGCCGCUAAGGGAUGAGGACACCCCUACCACUAUACCUAGAGAGGUAGAAAUGGAGAUUAUUAGGCGCAUUAAUCCAGACUUGACUGUGGAAAAUGUCAUGAGACACACUGCACUAAUGAAGAAACUUGAAGAAGAAAAAGCUCAACGAAGCAAAGCAGGGUCUUCAGCUCACCACAGUGGACGAAGUAAAAAGAGCAGGAAUCACAGAAAGUCUCAUGGGAAAUCGAGGUCGCACAGCAAGACCCGUGUGUCCAAAGGAGACCCAUCAGAUGGCUCUCAUUUGGAUAUACCUGCUGAAAGGGAGUAUGAGUUCUACGAUCCCUUGACUCGAUCCCCACGGGAAGGCUGUUUUAUAAUAGAACACAAGGGAGACAAUUAUAUAAUGCACAGCAAUCCUAACAUGAUUGAAUCUCACUUUCCUAUGACACCAGAGUGGGAUGUAUCUGGUGAACUGGCUAAAAGAAGAACUGAAAUGCCUUUCCCUGAACCUUCCAGGGGAAGCUCCCAUUCCAAGGUCCAUCGGAGCCACAGCCAUACACAGGAUAGAAGAUCAAGGAAUGAGCGGUCCAGUAAGGCUAAAGAAAGGUCUAGAUCCAUGGAUAACUCCAAGGGACCUCUGGGCUCAGCUACUUUAGGCACACCUGAAGAUAUAGGUGAAGGCUGUAGCCCAGAUGACCAAACAACUAGCCAAACCUACAUUGAUGAUAGUACCUUAAGACCAUCUCAGUCGCUCAGUCAUCAAAGGGCUCUGAUUUCAUCUGCAAGCUACAAAGAGACUUGCAUCCCUGAAAUAGCCGGUGGCAGUGUAGAAACCCCCAGUUCUUGUAGCCUAUUGGAACAAGGGAAGCCUACAGAGAAUUUGCCAUCAUAUAGUGAACUCAACUCCUGCACAACAAAAUCUGCAGUUGAUGACUAUUUUCAGUGCAACACAUCCAGUGAAACUGUGCUUACUGCUCCAUCACCCCUGGGAAAGAAUAAAGAGGAUCAUGAUACACUAACAGGGACAGAUGGGCUAAAAAAAAUUACUCCUACAGAAAGACAAUCUCAACAUAUUGCUAGGGAGCCUGGGGUGCACAAGGAGGAGUCCCCAAAGGGCCCAAGCAGUGGUUCAGUGAUUGCUGGCCAAACUCCAGAGGUGAUUGCUAACGGGCGGCUGGUUCAACACCAUAGCACUGAAUCAAGCAGCCUUGAUAAAAGGAAAGAAAUAUUUAGCAAGGAUACACUCUUUAAGCCUCUGCACAACACUCUUUCUGUGAAUAGUUAUCAUAAGUCUAACACACCUCUGCUAAAGCCCCAUCAAAAGACCCCCUCUGACACAUUGCCCGGCAGAUGUGAGAAACUUGAACAAGCGAUGGUAACCUCAGUCACACAAGUCAUGCCUGUUUCUCAGAGACAGCAAGAGACAACUGGGAACCAGGAGGCCUCCUUUGACUACUACAACGUAUCUGAUGAUGAUGACUCAGAGGAAGGAACCAACAAAAAUGCCGAGGAAGAAAAGAACAGGGAUGACGUUGGUACGAUGCAAUGGCUCCUAGAGAGAGAAAAGGAAAGGGAUCUGCAGCGAAAGUUUGAAAAGAAUCUUACUCUUCUCACCCCAAAGGAAACAGAAAAUAGCAACAACCAGAGAGCCACCCACUCAGCCCGCCUCGACAGCAUGGACAGCAGCAGCAUUACUGUGGACAGCGGGUUCAACUCUCCACGUACUCGUGAGAGCCUGGCAUCCAACACUUCAAGUAUUGUUGAAAGCAACAGACGUCAGAACCCCGCUCUGAGCCCUGCACACGGUGGCGCCGGCCCAACAUUCAACUUCCGAGCCACUGCAGACCCACCCACGAGUGAAGCUGAGAAACUGCAGAAACCUGGUAUGGAGGGUGGGAAGGGAGGCAGCUCCUCCUUUUAUUUCAAAAAUACAAGAGAUGUUUACUUACUGAGACUUGCUACUUGACCUUCCAUAGUCAUCUGUGAGGAGAAAUUCAAUGUGUCCACUUGGUUUGCAGUAGAAAUCUGAGUCCUGCAGGUACGGUACAUCCUAAUUGCUCUCCCUAAACUAUUACUUCAAUGUAAUUAGUACUAUGCUAAUUACUGCAAAGUAAAUUCUACAGAUAGUUAAACUCCAAGAGUAAUUUUAGGUAUAGGGUCACAUUCUGCUCUGGUACUCAUGCAACCUGGUAGUGCAACAAACUGACUUUUUUUAUCAGAACAGACAAAUGGUGGAAUAACAACAAAGAUACUAAAACGUGCAACAGCCCAAAUUGUUUCAUAGAAAAGGGACAUUUAAUCUCUCUAGCCCUUGUAGUAAACAGGUAUGACACCCAGCUGUACAUAUCAAACCCCAGUAUUUUCAUCAGGUUCUGGUGACAUUUAUUACUCUGUAUACAAAGUCAUUUGAGCUUCGCUUAUGUUCUCUAUUGUCAUCGGAAUUCUUUACUGACGAUUCAGCCUUAUGUUACACCAUCGGAUAUAGAUCAUUUACUUAUAAAACAGCUUUCUAACUCUGGACACAAUCAGUUCUGUCAAGAAUACACAGUCAAUGCACAGGUCUGUUUUCAUUGAUUUCAGUGUAUAAUUUCCAUUUCAUAGGAGCAAUAAGACCUUUCAGUGCACAUAAAGGAAAUUAUUGUGCUUUUGGUUGGUUAUCAAAGUCACUUGGCCUUUAGCCUUCUGCCUUAUCAUACCUUCCAAGAUGUGCUCUAAUUACCAUAUAAUGCUUUGCAUGAUGCAUCUUAUUAUUCAAUAUGUAACUCCAGCCGUACUUAUUCCAUGCGAACUGUAGAGUCAGAGUUCUUGUGGGGAAUUGUCAUAUACUAUACAGUGGCUGACUGUGAUUUUAUUUCUGAGAUGAGCUCUGACAUCAGUAGUAUGUAUCAAUUCAGUAAAUAAAAAUGUCAAAAUGGUAAAAAAAUUUACAGUGAUGAUCUGAAAUACUAAUGGCAGUAUUAAAAUGUGAAGAGCAGAAACAGGUUUCACCUUUGGAGAAAUAACUGUCAUAAGCUAAUCAGAAUUUGUGCAGGCAGCUGGUUGUACAGAAGACAUAAUUCCAACAAAAUGUGAUAGUACAUACCUAUAAACUGUAUAGUGUGUUAUUUCUUAAAGUUCCCAGAGACCAGCAGACAACAUAAAUGUCAUAUUAAUGUUGACAUGGCAUUGUACCAAUAUUAAUGUGACUCUUGGAAUAUGGAAUGUAAACAGAAGUUUCAGAUAGAAACGUUCUAAUCUUGAUUUUUUUUUUUCCUUUUAAAAUCAACAAUGGAAAAUAAGAAAAUUCCAUCUUGAGGUUCUGGUAACAAAACCACGAGAGUGGAGCUUGAGUGCUUUAUGUCACCCUAAUCCUUUGAUGAAAUCAUAGCCUUGUAUUAUGUGGUUGCUUAUCUAUCAUUCUUCUAAUGUAUCGAUUUAAAGGUUUACAGAGUUAGAUUAGGUUGAAUCUGUGUUGUGUUCAACUGUAAAGGGUCAACACAAAUCUGUCGGCAUUUUGCACACUUAAUAUGUAUUAUUAUAAUACAACAUGUUACUUUUAUGGUAAUUUUUUUUACACAUAUAACUACCUCCAUGAAUUUGAUGAAAUGCAGCAACAGGAAAAGUGUAUUGUACAAAGCAAGGUUAGAAACUUUGAAGCAUUAGGUCAUGGCGUUCUCUUGUGUGUCAAAGCUUGCAUAUGAAGUCAUCAUGUUUCCAUUGCCACAAUUUCCUUCUACAAUGUUAAAAAGAUGGCUUUCAGAUGAGUCACUUAAAGACUUUGACAAGGCUGCAUAAUUGGGAUAAAAGUGAAAGGGAGGCUGAAACCUUGCAUCCUCUCCCCAGUUACUGCUAAAAUUUCUGCCUGGUAGAACUUGAAAAUGUAUUUGUAAUUUAGCAAAUUAGAAACAUCUACAGUCUAUGAAAUAUGAUUGACAGUUUGGGGUUUAACAGAAGACACUCUGGGUAUUUUCUUGGCAGCCUUCAGAUACUUGGGGCCCUAUUCUGCCUCCAUCUUUGUCAACAUUAGUACGUCAUGGUUUCUCUGAACUGGCAAGGGUGUUAAAACAGCUCUUCCUUUAAUGAUAUGCACUCUGGUCUCUAGAUUGUGUGCAUCUAAAGCAUUUGCUCCUGUAGAAAUUACCAACAGCCUUUAAUUGACGUUGCUGGGAGCAGUAUUAGGGUCCCUACUCGAGGUAUGUGCCUAUUGUUCAAAGAACAUGGGCAAGUUUCCAAGAGAAAUUAAGUUGGCUUUUGAAAAGUAGCCAGCUGCAACAAGCCACCUUUCAAGAGGGAAGAAAGAAAGAUUUUUCCAAAAACCAAAGGAAGAAAGUGGCAGUUGAACCUAAGCAGAUCACAUUAUAUACAAAUCCCGAUUUAUGAACACCUUUCAGCAAACCUAGUACCAUUAUCCUGAUGCAAAUUAAUAUACAAUCAUCAGUUGAGCUAAUUUUGCCAUUUUAAGUAUUUCAGUUAAAAUUUAGAAGAAAUCAUUAGCCAUUUGACUCCCAGCACCACUGUAAAAUGACUGUUACAUGUGAAACAAUGUUCACUCAACUUUAAAAAUAAAAAUGUAUUGGAAAACAAAUAUUUUAAUGAAAACCCUGGCCGAUGUGCUUGCCAGCAGUAGUCAUUGUUAGGAAAGAGAACAAGCAAACCUUUAUUCAGAGGCCAUCAUGAACGCAGAUAAUACUUUGCACUUAAAUCACACCUUUUUGCCUGAGGGUCUCGAAGCACUUGCCUGUGAGGUAGGCAGAGUUCACUGACCGUACUUUUUGUCUGGGCCCAUUGGAAAAAGCAAAGGCUAAGAGUCUGCAGACUAACUUAUUAACUAGUUGCUUUCUUAAAGUUACUGAAGUAAGUUUAACAGUUAACCAAAGUGUUUAAUGUCUAUAUUCUGAAAUUAUUCUUUUGACACAUUUAGUUUGUUUAAGUAAGAAACUACUUUAUGGUCCUGUAGACACUCUUGGACUAGCAGUCCCAGAAAAAAUUUUGCAGUCAUACGAGUGCUGGCAGCAGUGGUUUUAGAAAGAGUCAUGUUAAUUAAAAAUUUGUUUUUCAGAUACAUUUUGUAGUGCUUUUCCCAACACAAUUGUUCAAAUUUUUGUGCUGAGAAAGCAAAUAGCACUCCUGAUCUGGUGUCAAACCCCAGUUUACAAUUCUCUUUGCUCUUCUGAAGAAAACUGUACAGUAUUAGAGAGAAAAGUUCUAUUUUUUACGAAAUUCUUUUAAAAAAAGGCUAUAUAUCUAAAAUGUUCCCCCCAGCAUAAGUAAAGUGCAUCAUUGCUGCAUGGGACACAUGCAGAGGACCCACCAAAAGCCAAGCUGGUGCUAGAAGAAAAUGGGACUAUCACACUUCUUUAAUAGUGGCACUCUAAACAUUGGUUCCAGUUAUGCGAGUGUAAAUCUGGCAUAACUCCCCUGAUCUCUGAGGAUCUGAGAGAGAUGGGAAUGGGUCGUUAACUCCAUUGAAGCUCAGUUCUGAGCUGAGGGUUUCCGUGUUCCUCCCCCCGCCCUGAGACACUAAACGCAGAGAAGGAGCAGAGGGCCACGCACCUGGCUUUGGAAGGGCAGCCUGGGCUGAAUCCCCGCUGAAAUGCACAGCCACCCAGCCGGGAUCCGUGACAGCCGCCAGUGUGCCCCGCCUCGCAAGGGUGAUUUUCCGUGUGGUGCACCGCCCUCAUGUUGUGUAUCGGUUAGAGCCACCCAAAGGAUACCCACCCAGAUGUAUGAAAGGGCCCUUGGAGUAAUUGGCACAGAUGUUACUUUAUGUGUGGAGGAGAUUUUAAGUUUAAAGGGAUCAUAAUUCUGCAGGUAAUUUUCUGUGAGUGACUGAAUGUGGCUGUUGCAUUAGGUUUAAAUGAGUUAAUAAAUGCAAGUGGGACUUACUGUAUGUUAGAAGGGAGUUUUGCAGCCAAGACUGCCUUGUAUAAAUGUGUUUGCACUGAAAAAAAAAAUUAAAAAUUUACUUGGUCUCUGGUUGCUGUAAAGGUCAUCCAAGAUGGAUGUUCUGUUUAUAUUGUAUAGUAUUUCAUAUGAAAUAAUUGCAGUUCAUGAAAUGUCUUCCCUAACGUUACUGAUUUAUAACAGCACAUUUGUAACAUGGUUUUUAUUGUGUCAGUGUACCAUAUUGUAAAUGAUGAUUACUUGUCAUGCUUAGUAUAAUAAUUUAAAGGAAAAAAAAGGACAGGGAUUUUUGUAAGUCUAUAUUUGAAAGUCCCUCCAUAUGGUAAUAUUGUGUUCAUGUUGUUUAUGUAGUGUUGUGUGAAAUAUCCAUUUUGGAUUGUGUUACUUUUUAAGAUAUUAAAUAACAUUUGGUUAUA